GCUCCUGUAAUGAGCAGAGGCGCUAUUCACAGCGCUGUCCCGUUAACUCAUUGGCAUUCAGUCCCAGUGAGAGACACAGACAGAGAGUCAGAAGACAUUGUCCGGGACAGAGACCGCGACCGACCCACAUUGCGACAGCAAACGGACAUUUUGGGCGGAAUGAAGCUUAAAGUUUGAUGUGACCUGGAUUCAGUCAGGAGUUUGGGAGAGAGGGGUGAGGGCUGGACGAGGGGUUUACUGGGUCACACAACCCGACUACCCCCAACACUGAAGAAGAAGGGACAGUUAGAGGAAGACUAGCACCGGACAAAGCGCCGAGGAAACCAUGAACACUGGGAAGCUGUGUGUGCUGUGACUUCCUGACGUCUAGAAGUGAGAAGAACUGAUCUGGAGAGAGGAGCACGAUGUCACGGUCAGAUGAGAUCAACAAAAUGACAGAAAAUGUCUACAAGGGCAUUCUGGACCAGUUCAACCCCAGUCUGAAGAAUUUUGUCUCCAUGGGCAAACACUAUGAAAAGGCUCUGACAGGUGUCACAGUAGCAGCGAAGGGUUAUUUUGACGCUCUGGUCAAACUAGGAGAGCUGGCCAGUGACAGCCAGGGCUCGAAAGAACUGGGCGAUACGCUGUUCCAGAUGGCAGAGGUUCAUCGGCAGAUCCAGGUCCAACUCGAGGAUGUGCUGAAGCUGUUUCAUUCAGAGCUGCUGUCUCAACUCGAGCAGAAACUGGAGCUAGACAUCAAAUAUCUGACCGGGACGCUGAAGAAGUACCAGAGCGAGAGGAAGUCCAAGGUGGAGUCUAUCGAGCGCUGCCAGUCACAGCUGAAGAAGCUGCGGAGGAAGAGCCAAGCCAGCCGCCAUCCCAACAAAUAUGGAGACCGAGAGAUGCAGUAUGUGGAGCUGAUGAGUCGCCGGCAGGGUGAGCUGGACUCGCUGGUGGCCGUUGGGUAUCGCUCCGCUCUGACAGAAGAAAGACGACGCUAUUGCUUUCUGGUGGACCGUCAGUGUUCAGUCACCAAGAUCCUCACCAACUACCACUGCAAGGUGAGAGAGCUGUUGUCUCAGAAGUUGUCAUCAUGGCAGCAGUCAUGUGCUCAGCCAACCAAGCUCCCGGAGCGAGCGCUGAACCUGCUGCGUCACACCGCCCCCCAGAGCUCUGGAGGAGCAGGACUCGCCGAGGUCCUGCGCAACGCCAAACUGGGCAUCACUCAGCCCACAGAACAGAGGCUGUCUGUACAGGAAGUCCCUCCUCUGUUGAACGGUGACAGCAGCAGUCGUCCUCAGCAGCAGCAACAGAACCCCUCCAGUAAUGGACACACCCACUCCAGCUCUUCAGCCAGCACCGCCCACUCCCAGCCAGCAGUGGGCGUGUCUGGGUGUCAGUCCCCUCCCACUGUUAGCCACACCCCCAGCUCCACUCACAGCGCCCCUCUGACCCGAGCGCUGUCCAACUGUCCUGCUGCUCCUGACCUCUACUCCACCUCCACACUGCCUCUGCCCAGGAGACAGUCCAGCGACACUCGCCAGGGACUCAUGGGCUGGACUCUCCCCCGCGUGCUCCCUCUCUGUGCUCCGUCCCGUGUGGAGGCUCUGUUCCCUCACUCCCCAGACUCCUGCGAGGGACAGAAGCCCGGAGACCGAGGAGGAAGCUCAUGUCUGCUGUCCUUCCUGCCUGGAGACGCUCUGUCCCUGCUGAUCAGUGAGCCCAGAGACGGCUGGCACUACGGCCAGAACGAGCGCACGGGACGAAAAGGCUGGUUUCCCUUCUCCUACACUCAGCCGUUCCCCAGCUCUCCCGGACAGGAGCUCAGUCCUCCGGUCCUGUCGAAGGUGAACAGCAGCAGUAUGGGACAGCUGGACAGGCUUCCCCCCGCGGGUCAGACGCUGCAGGUCAGUCCUGACUCUGAGGACGAGAGGAGUGUUAUAUCCCAGCGCAUCAGCACCUUCAGACCGCGACCCUACAGCAUGAUGAACCCCGAGAGCAGCAGGACGAGGAUGUCGACUGACUUCACCUCUUCACCCCCGUCACCCAGCAGGAUCAACCCGUUCGCUCACAUUCGGCUCAAGAAGACGGUGACCAACGACCGCUCCGCCCCUCUGAUACAGCAGAGCCUUUGAUUGACAGCCACACAUGCUCCGCCCCUCUGAUACAGCAGAGCCUUUGAUUGACAGCCACACAUGCUCCGCCCCUCUGAUACAGCAGACUUUGAUUGACAGCCACACAUGCUCCGCCCCUCUGAUACAGCAGAGCCUUUGAUUGACAGCCACACAUGCUCCUGUUAAAGCUUCAGGAACAACCCAGGACACAUAAAACAUUCACACAAUAACCAAUGUGAGAGAAUUAAGAGCAUUUAGGAUUCAGGAUAUCAGAAAAAUUUAAUAUUUCAAGGUCUUCAUGUGAGUGCACAUCAUAAAACUGACCUUUAAGAUUUGAUUCCACAUCAUGACAACAGUUUCUCACUCCGUUUAGUGUAAAGACAAUGAAACAGUCGAUUAGAAAUGAAGUAUGACAAAACCUAGAUGUUUUCUGGUAACUGACAUCUGAUUCACAAUGUAGCUUCGUGAAAUAUCUUAAUCAAGUUUUGUAAAUGUAAAUUCUGUGGUUAUUUACUCACUCGUGUCAUAAGUGUACUUCACACUCGUAAGAUAAGAUACUAAAACUGUUAUUUGAUUUGUAAUAUUGAAUGAAGACAAGGGAUCCCAGAGCAUUCUGGGAGGAGCAGGUGAAGUGAACGUGUGAUUAUAUACAGGAGGACUUUGAAGGAGUUAUAGUGUGAUGUGAAGAUCUGUGAAGCUAACGCUCGAGACGUGACAGAAGGCUGUGGAAAGUGUAGAUGUGCUUGAGGACGUGUCUGUUGCUGGAGAUGACCUUUUUACCGUUGUUUUGGGCCUGAAGACUUAGUUAAAGAUGUUUAUGUCAGUGGUUUGAAAUUAACCUGAAGAAAAUGCUUCAUUUACUCUUGAGUUUGUGUGUUACUGGCAGUACAUUGAUUCAGAACUGUCUUAAAACACCUUUAUUUUACAGUGAAACCAAUCUAACCAGUUAUUAAUGGAGAGCGCUUUGUUCACGCAUGUUUUAAUUAUUUCUUCACUCCAGGGUCAGUUCAUUUAUUCACUUUUUUCUAUUAUAACAAUAUAUUUAAUUGCAUAAUGCUAAAAGUUUAAUAUCCAAACUUAUAUAUGCAAAUGUAAUGGUAUAGUGUAAUACAGUGAGCCCAAAAGACUGAGAACAUUUAAUGUACUGUAUGUAUUUCAUACAGAAAUAAAACAAACAUGAAUUUGAUAUUUGCUCAUGUUCUCAUCAUCACCUGAUCUUCUACAGGUGCAUCUCCAAAACUAGAAUAUCACAGAAAAGUAUUUUUUGUAAUAAAAAAAGAAAACAUUCUCAUAUUCUAGAUUCAUUGCACACAAACUGAAAUAUUUCUUAUUUAUAUUGAAUAAUUUUAUUUAAUUUUAAACAUUUCUUUUACACCUUGCUUUAAUUCUUACGUUUAUUAAAUACAGUUUAGGAAAUGUAAAAAUGCAUUAUCUCAAAAAAAAAUUAAUAUUAAAUUUUUCAUAAUUUAAAAAAUAAAAUAACAUUUAUUUUAAGUUUGUGUGCAAUUAAUCUGGAUAUAGGAAAGUUAUAUUUUCCAUGCUAUUCUAUUUUUUUUAGCUACACCUGUAUUGAUUAUAUUAAUGAUCAUAAGAAUCCUGGACGGUGUUUUUCAGGUGAAAUGAAGCGCGUCUCAGACUUUUGGCCUCCGCUGCAUGUUAGUCUGUAUUAGUGUGUGAGUUUAGUCUCUGCUCACAUUGUACUGUUACUAAACAUCCCAGAGAACACCGAACACUGUCUUCUAGAGCAGGACUGUACUUUAACCUGACAAUAAAGCAUCGUACUCUACACAUCUAGGACUCUGGAAUGAUUUAACUUCAUCAUAACUGUAUAGCCUUUCUUCCUCUUGAUUAAUAAAGUUAAUCUCUGUG